AUGAAAUCAGCUUUAUCAAAUGAUUGGCCAAGAAAAUCUGGCGAUCUUAUAGUAUUCAAGAAACCAAAUAUUCCUUCUGGAAUCUUUGAAAUAAUAUUAAAUGGAAUUAUAGAAUUGGAUCAACUCGAUGGUGCUGAUUUAUUACGAUUAAUGCUAGCUAGUGAUGAAUUACAACUUCCAAUUUUAAUCACUCAUGCUCAGGAUUAUUUAAUCAAAACUCAAGCUGAGUGGAUAAAUCAAACUUUAGUACCAAUUCUUCAUAUAGUAUGUCAUCAUGGUACAUUUGGAAAACUUCGUGAUUAUACUUUAAAAACUGUUUAUUUUGAAGAUUUGGAAUUUACUUUACAUAGAUGUAUUCCUUUAAUUAGAUUUGCUCAUGUUACUUCUAGUGAUUUCUUUCACAAAAUUCGUAAACCAUUUAGAAAAUUACUUCCUCCUUUAAUUGAAGAACAAAUUCUUCAAUUUUAUUUGGAUCCUGAAAGUAGAUUUCAUAAUGUAUUUUUACCUAGGAAUAUUUCUUCCGAACUAAUCGAUUCUGUCCUUAUUGAUGAAAAUUCUCAUGGUGCAACUGUUAGUCCUCAUAAAUCGUUUAAAAAGUUUGGCUCAACUUUGGAUUCGUUUAUAUUUUCAUUUAACGACGCUCAUAAUCCGACAAUGGCAACUUUAUCAAGAAUACAUGAUUCAUUGGAUGAAGAAGCUAUUUAUUUUUCGCAUAGUUAUGGCCCAUGUUUCGGUCCAAACGAUUUACAUAUGGUAGAUCAAAGUUGGAAUUGUAGAAAGACUAGUUACAAUUAUGAAAUAUUGGUGGAUAAAUCAAAUUUUAUUGCUGAUGAUUAUGAGGUAUUUCAGGUUGUAGAAAACGAUGGAUUAAAAGAGAAAAAAACGGAGGUUCUAGAGGAACGCCUUAUGUUUAUUCAUAGUUUUGAUGGGUAUAUUAGAUGA